AUGAAUCUUCCACUGAUCGACCCGGCUGUCCUGGCCCAGGAUACCCCCGAAGCUCCAGCUGGCAGACUCCAUAGCGGUCAUUCGACAUGCAUGCGAUUCAAUCACCGUGGUGACUACCUCGCCUCUGGACGGGCAGACGGAUGUGUUGUCAUCUUCGACCUCGAGACGAACGGCGUCGCGCGCAAGCUGACCGGCCACACGCGCCAAGUGCAAUCGUUGAGCUGGUCCGCCAACGAUCGCUAUCUGCUCAGCGCUUCACAAGACUGGAGAUGUGUGUUGUGGGAUCUGAAGGAUGGCAGGCGGGUACGGACUGUCAGGUUUGGGGCUCCGGUGUUCAUCGCCGAGCUCCAUCCGCGGAACCAUCUGAUGUUCGUAGCUGCUCUGUUUGAGGACCAACCCGUACUGGUGGACAUGGCCGACGACAUUCCGAAAAAGCAUGUCCUCCCCUCUGCCCCUCGCCGAUCUCAAGUUGAACGAGACAACGCGACCGAAAAGCAGACGGCCCAGGAUGCCAAACAGACAACGACUGUGACGGUGUUUACGCCUACCGGAGACUACGUAUUAUCGGGGACCAAUAAGGGAUGGCUCAAUGUCAUCGACGCGAAGACAUGCGACAUUCGCUACUCUAUGCGGUUGUCCAAUAACCUCGUCAUCUUCAUUCGGUUGAGUGCCUCUGGACGGGACAUGGUUGUCAACUGUAGUGACAGGAUUAUUCGCACGCUGCAGCUACCUGAUUUGACUGACCCCAAGCUCGACUUCGACAGCAUGGCGCUCACGACCGAACACAAGUUCCAGGAUGUCGUUAAUCGUCUGUCAUGGAAUCACGUCUGCUUCAGCUCCACUGGCGAGUAUGUUACAGCCUCGACAUAUAUGAACCAUGAUAUCUACGUCUGGGAAAGAGGCCAGGGAAGUUUGACAAAGAUUUUGGAGGCAAGGGAAGAGAUUGCAGUCACAGAAUGGCACCCUCAUCGCCCGCUCGUAGCAGCUGGCGGCAUCGAGUCUGGCAGAAUCUAUUUGUGGUCCAUUCUCACACCGCAGCGAUGGUCCGCCCUGGCACCAGACUUUGUGGAAGUGGAAGAGAACGUCGAAUACGUUGAGCGAGAGGACGAGUUCGAUAUCCAACCUCUCGAAGAGCUUCACAAGCGCCGUCUCGACCUGGAGGACGAGGACGUGGAUGUCCUCACGAUAGAGCCCGGCAAAGCAGAAUUCGAACCAGCAGAAUUUCAGAUGCCCAUCGUGCUGGACCUCGGCGGGAGCGACAGCGAAGAUGAGGAGAUCAUGAUCGGAGCCGGUCAAUACCGCCGGAAGAGCCCUGGGGCCGGCAAGGAGUGGAUGAAUGGCCAAGAUGGUAGCGGAGAUGACAAGAAGAGCGCGACGAACGGCACGGCUAGAUCGCAGAGCGCGAACAAAAAGCGCAGAGCAGACUAA